AUGAGCGUUGCUGUGGGUGUAUUCAAUUUUCUUAAUUGGGAAAAUCGUUAUGUUGCUGGCGCUUUCAUUCCACCAUCUAGAUUAGAUGUUCAUGACUCGGAGGAUCGGAUUACAAGACGCUUGACAGCGCAGGGUACAGAAUUGGAGUUAGCAAUGCUUGAAGCCUCUCUUCCACUCAGUCGCCUUAAAUUGCCAUUUAUUCCAGAGGAUAACUUGAAGGGAUUACCAAUGGAUUUUACCGUUCGUCAAAGUCCUUUGAUCGGUGGGCCAGUGGACACUCCUGGUGGCUAUCUAGCUGAGCCUAUUUCAGACAUUUCUGAGGAAAAAGUUGAAAAUCUUACUGAUCUCUUAAAAACAAAUGAGGAUGGACACGAAAAACCUCCUAAAACAUAA